AUGACGGGUGUACAUUCUGGGAGAAUUGACGACGAGGAGGUGGAGGACCUGCUGAGAAUGCUGGAGGGAGAGGCAGGAGUCUUAGCAGUAGAUGCGCUGCCUGGUGGUGGGCUUGACAAUGCUGAUAGGGUUGAAGGAACUGAACGAACUGACAAGCCUGACAGGGCUGUGGAAACUGACUCUUGUGAAACAGUUAAGGUUGACACUGUGAGUACGGACUUGGCCGUCCAACCAGACCACAUGGGACUAACGGGGAGCGAAUGGGGGGAGCUGGGGAGCAGCGGGCAGGCAACAGAGGAAGGGAGAGACAGCAGCAAAGAGCGGGCGGGGGCGGGGGAAUGGGGAGGGCUGGACUCAAUGUUUGACCCGGAUGUGCUGGCGAGCUUUGAGGAGGACCUGAGGAGGGAGUGGGAGUACAGAGUCUCGUUGGCGGAGCUGGUGGGGCAGGAGGAGGAGGAGCUGGGUAGAGAGGUGCUGCAGCAGCAGAUGGGUGCAGGUGAAGAGCAGAAUGAGCAGCCUGACCAGGAGGCACGGUCACGGCAGAGUGGGGAGGAGGAGGAGAAAAGGCAAAUGCAGCAGCAGCAGGAGAAGGAGCAGCAGGAGGAGCGACGGCUGGAGUCAGCAAGAACAAAUCCUGCUGUUCGGGUUCCAAAGAGAUCAAUAUCAGGCAUGAGCGUGAAUUCAGAUGGAGGUUUCAUCAUUGAUGGGUUCGAGGACUUCCUCAUGGAAGCAGAGGAAGAAGAGGCAGCUUUUCUGCAACAGCAGCAGCAUGGUGCUAAAUCGGACAACGAUCAAGCGCCAGCACAGGUCCAUCAAUCUCCCAGGGUGCGAGUUGAAGCAGACGAUGGGUUGGGUGAUGCGCAGGGAGUGGGGUUUGAGGAUGAUUCUCUGUUUGAUCCAGAGCUCCUAGCCACCAUGGAGGCGGUUUUCCACAGGCAUGAUCCAGCUGACUGCUUCCUUCUCUUCUCCAUCGCCUUCAUUGUAUUCCAUCCCCAUCCCGAUGCUGACAAGCUAUCUCGCGAGCCGAGAACCAUCGAAAUCAUGAAUGUGGAUCUUUCAUCGAACAGGAAGUUCCGUGCCGCUCGCAUAAGCUAUGACGCUUCUCAGGCAUGGACUAUUGUAGAAGGUCAGCUGACGGCCAUACUUGAAGAACACUCCCCUGACGAUGAUCCGGUGGCCUUAGAGGCCCAACAGUUUCAGGCAAUCGCCAGUAUGACGGAGGAAUGA